GGCGGCGCGUUAUAAAUACUAUUACUAGCCGUCACGGCAGAGCCGAGUGAAGUUGUCAACGAAGGUAACAGUGGUCGUAUGAUGGCGCAGUAUGUCGGCCGUACGCAAAUCGCGCCGGCGACGGUUCUUUUGCUACUUGGUCUCGUGCACGUCGGCCAGCUAGCGAAUGCCGGUGCGUCGACGUUGGGACUGUCGUUGUCGACGACGACGACGACGACGACGAGGACGACAGCGGUGACGGGAGCGGUGACAGUCGUCGUCGAUGACGGCGGCGUUCCGUCGCACGUAGUGGUCCAGCAGUCCGCGACGGCGAAUCCGACGGCGGUCGGUGAAUUCGCCGUGCUGUCGGCACUGCCGCACAGUGCCAAUCCGAGGGCUCCCCUCGUCGAGUUCCUGGGCGCCGGCCUCGAUCGCAAUCUCGCUCUGCGAUGGUCGCCGUCGAGCCGCGACUGUCCGCGCGACGCGGACAACACUCUCGACGCGGUGUCGGCGUCGUCGACGGGUGACCGCGCGGUGUACGGGUUCCGCACGGUCCCGGAUGCCGCGAGGGUUGCCGUCGUCUAUUUUUGCCUGAGAAACGACAGCGACGAGGAAUGGAGGAACCUCGGCGACCGCGUCUCCAUAAAGUACCUGGUACAACCUGAAAAAUAUUUCCGUACGCGACGUGGCGAACCAUUUGGUGACUUUAAAACUUCCAUUCCGGAUAAUUAUACGGAUAUACGUAUCGAAGGAUUGCGAAUUGACACGGCUGAUAAGGAACCCAGUCACGAUGAGAAGGGUAUUCCUCGAAUUCUGGCCGGAACUAAGGCGGUAAUGCGAUUAUUCGGUACCGGUAUUACGAAGGAUACCUUGAUCACUUUCACCGAUGUGCCGGCAAAAAAAGGCGCUAUAUGCGACAAAAUUAAAAGUAAUGAGUUUCCGGUGGAAAACGUAGAGGAAACUACGGCGACUGUUCACGUAGUACUUCCUUUGGGAUCGAUGUUUUACAUAUGUGCAAAACGGCCGUCGUACGAAAAAGAAAAAUUGAAGAAGGACGACAUGCUGUUCAGGCACCAAGGCACCGCACUAUAUAAUACUAUCAGCACAUAUGAGAAAUUACUACCGCUCUGGCUCACUAUCUUGAUCAUUCUCAUUUGUCUCAGUUUGUCCGCACUUUUCUCCGGUCUCAAUCUCGGUUUAAUGGCGAUAGAUAGGACUGAACUGAAAAUACUCGUCAACACUGGUACGGAAAAAGAGAAAAAGUAUGCGAGAACUAUUCAGCCGGUAAGGAAUCAUGGAAAUUACCUUUUGUGUUCAAUUUUGUUUUCCAACGUGCUUGUCAAUUCAAUAUUUACGAUAUUACUGGAUGAGUUGACAUCCGGGAUCGUCGCUGUUAUCUGCUCGACAUUAGCUAUUGUCAUUUUUGGCGAAAUUACGCCACAGGCUUUUUGCAGCAGACAUGGAUUGUGUGUCGGCGCAAAGACUAUCUAUCUGACUAAAUUGACAAUGCUAAUUACUUUUCCAUUAAGUUAUCCAAUCAGCAAGUUACUUGAUGUUAUUCUUGGUGAAGAAAUUGGGAAUGUGUAUAAUCGAGAACGCUUGAAAGAGUUACUCAAGGUAACGAACGAAUACAACGAUUUAGAGAAAGAUGAAGUAAAUAUAAUUGCAGGAGCAUUAGAAUUGCGGAAGAAGACAGUAGUGGAUGUAAUGACCAGAAUCGAAGAUGUAUACAUGUUGAACUAUAACGCAAUUCUAGAUUUUGAAACUGUGUCUGAAAUUAUGAAAUCAGGAUUCUCACGUAUACCAGUAUACGAAGAUGUGAGAACGAACAUAGUAACAAUGCUGUAUAUCAAAGAUCUCGCUUUUGUCGAUCCUGAUGAUAACAUGCCUCUCAAGACACUCUGUCAAUUUUAUCAAAAUCCAUGUAAUUUUAUUUUCGAAGAUGUUACGUUGGAUAUAAUGUUUAAGCAAUUUAAGGAAGGUCACAAAGGCCACAUGGCGUUUGUGCAAAGAGUUAACAACGAAGGUGAGUGUGAUCCAUUUUAUGAGGUGAUCGGUUUGGUAACGCUGGAGGAUGUAAUCGAAGAAUUAAUUCAGGCAGAGAUUAUUGAUGAGACAGAUGUAUUCACGGACAACAGAAGUAAACGCAAAAGGCAGGUUCGUUCGAAAAUGCCAACGGACUUCGCCAUAUUCGCGGAAAAAAAAGAAAACCAACGAAUUCACAUUUCACCGCAAUUGACGUUGGCGAUGUUCCAAUACUUAUCAACAACUGUGGACACGUUUAAAUCCGAUAUUAUAUCGGAGCCGAUACUACGACGUUUAUUGAAGCAAGAUAUUAUUUAUCACAUCAAGGUGAAGUCGCGUGAAAAAGCCAAAACUGAUCCAGCCGCGAUAAUUUAUCAGCAGGGAAAAGCGGUCGAUUACUUCGUGCUAAUUUUAGAAGGCCGUGUUGAAGUGACAGUGGGAAAAGAGAAUAUGAUGUUCGAGAGUGGCCCUUUCACAUAUUUUGGAUCGCAAGCUCUUACCGCCAACAUAGGAAUCGCCGAAUCGCCUACGAACACAAAUCCACAAACGGUCGGAAGUAUUCAGUCCGUCAAUUUGGAUUCUAUGCUGCGUCACACCUUUAUCCCGGAUUACACGGUGCGCGCGGUUACUGAGGUGUUCUACUUAAAAGUCAAAAGAUCUCUGUAUCUCGCCGCGAAGCGCGCUACACUUUUGGAAAGAAGUCAAAAGGAUCCGCUGCCUAGUCAAGAACAGUUCGACGACGAAGUCGAGAAGUUGCUACAUUCUUUGGAGGAAGAUGAUCGUAGUGUACCUGAAUCUCCGAUAUUGCCCAUGGACAGAUUGACUGACAGUGAAAAGGGAAAAGACGCCGUUCAUUCGCCCGUACGCAGCGUAACGGCGCCGACGUCUCCGAUUCCGGUCAGCGCCAGUCCGAUCACAAAUUCGAAGUUUAUCUCGCCACGGAACGAUGGAAAAGUCAGAAAUUCAUCCGCUAAGGUACAAAUGAGUCCAGUGGAAAUUCAAGCUAAACGCGAUUCACUGAGUGCGCUUGAUGCGGACAUUCUCGCUCGGCAGUCCGAGAUGAUACGAAUGUCACCUGCUAUGAAGAAGAUGAACAGCGACGAAGAACGAACAAAUCUGUUGCCUAAACAGGAUAACUCUUAACGCUUGCAGAACGGCCGGCGGCAUUCGGCACUGUCGGCAAGAUAACAUUAAAAGCGUUGAGCAACACAGAGUGGAACAUGCUGGCAUGACACAUUUUGCUACUGUGACACUAGAUACUUCACGAAUUACUUAGGUAUUUAUCGCGCGAAAGAGAAGGCACUUCAUAUUUUUAACGAUUAGCUCAGAAGCUGUACCCCAAUCUCGCUUUCGUGAACCAUUAAGUUUCGUAGAUAUCGAUUCACUUAUUGUUGAUAAUUUGCAUGAAGAAAACGCGUAAUCGAUUGUUAAUAAAUUAUUAAUUUCAUAAAUAAAUGUUUCAUAAAUUAUGUUAAAAUCAAGAUAUACUCAUGACUAAAAAUUACCUAUUUAAAGGUUGUACUUAUUUAAUUCUAUGCAUGAAAAAAAGAAAAGAGAAUUAAAAUUCGGCGACAUGUCGAUUUUUUAUUUCAUCUCAAAAGAAAAAAUUGCUUCCAUUUUACGAUUGCAAAUGUAUAUCGACGAUGCUGUCUUUUUUCAGAUAUUUUUUUAUAUGUUUCUAGAAAUCAUAUAGAACACGCAUACAAUACUCUAUGUUAUCAUUCACAAUGCUACGUUACCAUUGUUUCAAUGUGAGUGAACGCAUGACAUUGUGGGUACAGUUUUUAGCUAAUUGAGAGAAACAUGGUAGACAUUACGCUGCAAUAAUGCCUUGACAUUAUUUUGAAUAUAUUUUAGUACGAGAGAUUCGUCAUAAAACCAAAGUGAAUUAUAUGAGAUCAGCCAUACGAAAAUACUAUCGUCACAUAUACGUAUACAUUAGAAAACAGUACAAAUGAACGCGAGGAAAAAAAUUUGAGCAAGAUUUAAUACAUUAUUCGAAGAUUGCUCCGAAAACCAGAGAUUUUAGUUAUCUCUUUUUUUUGAGUUGUAUGCGAAUCCAAACGUACAUACGAUAGUUUGAAAUGGCCCAAUUAACGAGUAGCAGUGAGGAAAUGACUCGGUACAUAAUUGAUAUAAUUACUUGUACUUAUUUGUGUGCCUUAAAAGAAAUUCUCUAUAUAGAUAUUAUCGUUGUGUGCUUAAACCGAUAAACCGAUUUUACUAGAAGUAUUCUUCUAUUCAUUUUUUUUCUUUCUCUUAAGAAAACCCUUGAGUCUUGUCGAUACAUUAGUUACAUUCCUGUCAUAACUAUAUACCGUGCAGUUGCGUACUUAUAUCAUUUUCUUGCAUUCAUUAGUUUAAAUCAAAAGAGGAUGGUGCAAGAUAAGUGCAGGGGACAUGUACUGUUUUUCUUAUUACGAUACUGUUUAGAUUAAGAAUGGAGCAGAUUUUUUUGCUUAAUUUGCAUUUGAUCUUUCCUUAGCAACAAUUUAAUCGUUUCAAUUAGAAAACCUCAUGUAAUAUUGUAAUUAAGGUAUGAAACGUAUAUGUAUCAUAUAAAUGUAUAUAGAAGAAAUACAGGAUUAUUCUUCUCUUAAUGAACUUUAAAUAAUUAUAUAUAUUAGGUACUUAAUUUGCGAAUUGACGACUGAUCGAUUUAUUACUUUAAAGUUAUAUUUUAUUUUACAAAAAUGAAAAAAGGAUUAAAUGCUUGCUAAAGAAACGAGUUGUUUAUUUUAAGAUUUUUUUAUUGUAGUAUACUUUUUUUUAGAACAUUCAGAUUAUGUGAAAUAUGAAAUAUAUAUAAAAGUUGCCUUUUAUAUCGUAAUUUUAGAUACAAAUGCCCUUAACUAUUAUUGUAACACUUCCUUUUCACUUUGUAAUAUUGUUAAUAAUUUUUCAGAAGUCUAAUUUACUUAAAAGUGUUGUUCUGUUUUAUAAGUCAUGAGGUGAAUGUACAAUAUAAUUUAUAUUGUUGUUAAUAGAGUACUUAUGAUAUACAUUAAAUGCAUCAAUGCGAUAUAAUAACUACAUUGUAAUUAUUAGAUGUGAAGCGUUGAAAUGCGAGCCUUUCUAUGUAUCUACAUGAAGUGAUUCUAUAUUAGCAGACCUGAGAAGUAAUAGAGAAUAAAUAGAUAAAAAAUUUUGUUUAAGUUAAAAAGAAAGAAAUCAACUUAAAAUACAUCUGCACAGUUUGCGUCUGCUAAUUGUGGAUCACCUCCAUAUUGAAAUAUGAAGCGUAACAUCUGAUUUCAGAUUUUGUAGAAUGUAUCAAACUAUGAAAUGGUUACCUGACAUUAUUCCCAGUAGAUUAUUGCGAUCGAAGUACUUACAAAAAGGGAAAUCAAUAAGAGAAGGACUGCGAUGAAUAUUAUUAAUAUUUUGUACUAUCCGAGUCUAAACGGAAAUAUUGUGUGUAUAGAAGAAAUAUAUUACAUCUGAUGAGAAAAAGAAAACAGCAUUCUAUUGCAGGAUAAAUAAGUCUAGACUCUACAACAAACUGUUAUAUAUAGAUGAAGUUACAGCGUGGAAUAUAAACAUUUUUUACAGAUAAUUUACACAGUAUAUAUAUAACGAAUAUCGUGUUAAUAUGUAUACUCUUUAUUUCGUAUCUAUAUUUAUUGAGACUUAUCAUGUCUGUCAUUUUUUAAAAUAAUGAUUUUAUAAUCAUUAUUUAAUAAGUUAACACUUACUGCCAUACGUUUAGUAUGUUGUUGAUUGUUGAGUCCCCCAUUUAGCAUAUUUUUAUUCGUUUUUCAAACAAAGCAUGAAAAUUAUUGCCAAUCCAAGUUACUAGAAUACUAAAGAAUUGUUUAUGUAGUAUAUUCCAGAAAUAUCAAAGCUAAUAAUGUAGCGACAGUAAGGAGGCGAAGGAAUUUUUAUGUAAAGAAAUAUGUAAUUUCGAUGAGAACUGAGAGUUUGAGAGUAACAAAAGAGAGCUGAUUUGACGUGUGACAAAGUUUUAUAUGAAAAGAAGAUUUAUCGAAAUAAAUAUGUUCUUGGAUUAUUUUAUUUUUA